CACACUCUCCUUCUCUUGAUCUUGAGUCAUUUCUUUAGCAAAGGCUAGCCAGCCUGGAAUAAUGCCAAGUUUCAAUUGGAAUCUAAGCGAAUGAAUCCACAGGUCCCGCCCAUCAGUACUCCUGUGCAUUUGCACCCUCUCUCCCCGAACGAAAUUUCGUCACGAGGGCGCAGAACGCGUGGAGCUCAGGACGUAGAUGAAACGCGGUCCCCUAACAAUUAUCUUACUCUAAAAACUCAGUCAGAGACACUAGCAGAACCAGAAACCAAGGGCGCCAAUAUCCGAACAAAUUGGGACGGCAGCGUUCGCGGAUUUGGCAAGCCUGAUGCGGCAAGCGGGCCCAGCGGAGAACUAGUGACAGGUCGUGGAAUGUCUUCCAACUCGCUUUCGGCACUUUGGGAUAGACCAGUGCACCAAGUGCCACGAUUUAUCAUUGGACCUACUGUUGAUAACAAUUUCCUUGUUCCUCCAGGCUCCCUCCCUCCGAGGACUGCUCUUUCAGAUGGCACCCCCGAGGUAUCCCUGUCAGUGACUGCACAAGUACUUGCCAACAAGUGGCACGAGUACUCAGACGAGGCCAUCCAGGCUGCAAUAUCCAGAUUUACUGUUGCAGAGUCCCCGUCAGAUGUUGACACUCAUCCAUACCAUACUGCACUUCGUGUGCUUUCAUCCACUCUCCACAGUUUGUCAAGGGCUAGAAUAGAGCUCGAAGAACAUAGGAAAUUGUUGGAAGAGAAGGAGGCAGCGCGCAAAGAGCGUGCUGAAACUCUGUUAUCGGAGCUGCUACCCUCUGAACGAGAGGUGGCAAAGCGGGUCAUACAAUCAAUCUUCCCUGGCGAUGCCGAGACGCGCCAUCGAGUUCAACGUCAUGGAAGCCUUUCUUCACUCAAGACAUCGUUGACGGAAGCUAUCGAGGAUGACACUUUACUUUCACGCAGCGUUCCGGAUGAUACUAUGACUCCUUUAGCAUCGACUUACAUCGUCACAUCUGCACAAUCGCCCCAAACCAGUGAAGUGCCAUACGUUGAACCGGGGGCAACCGUCGAUAGGAUAGGGUCCACGGCAGCUGAUAAAUCUGUGGCUAUAUCAGCCCCCGAAGCCACUGUACGACCCGUUGCCACGGUUGCCGAGGUUGUCACAGAACAUGUGGCUCCUAUUCAUCAUGCCAGGAAUGAUAGAGCGUCUUGGAUUGGUACCUGGUGGCAGAAGGGGAAACACAAACACCAUCGGGUGCUGACCACGACUUCGGUAAAGGAAACUCCUGAAGUUCUUGCAAAGCAACCAUCUCUAUAUUCAUCCCCACAUUCUGAAUCCCUUUCCUCCGUUACUCCGACUAUCCCAAACAGUUUUUCACGCAAGAAAACUAGCAGAAGUGUGUUUGAGAGUUUGGGUAUUUCGAUACUCAACCCUCCCGCAUCAUCCUCUUCUACCACGAGACUACCAUCGACUUCGAAACCUGUAGCAGAGCCAUCAUAUAAAGCCCGCAUAGAUGACACAAAGUCUUCUGUGAGCUCUUCCCCUGCGUUGAGUACAUUUUCUGCUCCUGCACCUGUUACGCCACAUUUAGCAGCUGUCGGAGUCUCGUAUCCAAGAUCAGGGAGUUCUACUACCUCUCCCUCCUUGACCGAAGAAAAGCCGCCGCAGGGCGCAUCACUCCGCGCCAUUGCCCAUGCUAUUCGAGUUAUGACCUCGGAUCCAGGUAGCAUUCUGACUGAUCACGGCCGAGAGACAAGCCCUCUGAUUGCUCAAUUGGCCCUUGAACUUGUUAAGCGUGCACGAGACGAGCAUGUAUCAUUCCGCGAACCCCAGAAGCUUCGAGAGAAGAGAGAGCAUAGGUCAGGUAAGGCUGAGAUAGGAGACCAAAUAACCGCGCACGCAACCCUCAGUCCUAUCGAGGGCCCAGAUGCAAGCACGGCUCUGAACCGCACGUUGACUGCGCAAGGUAAAGCCGUGCGUACAACUAGGUCACGGGGAGCAAAUAUAAUUUCGCCUUUCACGUCACCUCUGUUCGGUUCCUUCAUGCCACAUCAUAAGAAAUCCUUACCUGCUAUGGAAGCAAGCGCGAAAACAUUAAGCGAGGGCACGAUGUCUACUGCACGACCGAGUAAUAUUCCAGUGCAGCAACAACACUCGGCGAACAAACCCGGUUCAGUCGCCUUAGAGUCCAUUAUACCUGCGACUGCGAAGCCUCCAACUCAUUACCUUUCGCGCACGUACACCCCUCUCACUGCUCCGCACUUCAACUUCACCAUUCCUAUUCCUCUUCCCACCAGUGCGUCUCGGUUCACAGUUUACCGCGAUGACGAAAGCAAACAGCCUCUUACGGAUCGUUAUGGCUUCAUUUACGACGUGUCACAGUACGAUGUCUUGCUACUCAUUCGGGCAAAGGAAUGUGGCAACACCGCGCCUGCCUGCCUGACUGGCGUCAAAAUCGCUGACCGCAAGGAAAGUAACUCUUGGUCAGACGACGACGACGACCAGAAGAAUGUGAUUGAGAUCGUGAAGGAUUCGUGCAUUUGCGACGGAGAAGGCAAUCCGAUGUCACCGGUUUUAUCUGGUCCUGCUAAUAGCAAGGCAGGAGCAGCAUCAACCCCUCCAGAAAGUGGCAGUCCUUCGCGCCGUUCCCGCGCUGCUUCAUUAUCAUCUUCCCGGCCCCGCUCCGCCACUGUCACGUCGAUAGCCACACCUCUUGCUGUACCCACGCUUCACUCUAGCACUGCGAUUCUGACUGUGACCCAGUCCACACCUCGCCAUGUUUGCGCUAAUGUUAUCCGACAUCUUCUCGAUGACAUGACUACGAAUCACGAUCAGAAUCAGAACGCCAAGAGGAAAGAGUGGGAUGUAUUUGUGAAGCAACGUAGCAAAGUCAAAUUGCCCAAGAAUAUCCUGCCUACGGUUACGAACUCUGGCGGCGGUGCUGCUGCUCUUCUUGGCUUGGGUACUUCAGUCGAGGAAGAAGAAUUAUCCCAUUCGGAGGGCCUCAUUGGUUUCGCUCAACUGGGCCUGUCGUCGAAUACGCAUGAGAGGAAAGAAUUUGAUCGGUUGGUGCGAGGAGGUAUACCCCUAGUGUACCGCUCCAAGCUCUGGCUGGAAUGCAGCGGAGGCUUGGAUAUGCGGGAACCUGGAAUUUUUGGCGACUUGCUGGCUCAUGUCGACGAGCACAACUUGGUUUGCGUGGAAAUUGAGAAGGAUGUUGGUAGGACUAUGCCACUCAACGUCUUUUUUGGAGGUGACGGCGCAGGAGUUGACAAGCUUCGUCGCGUGCUCAGAGCAUAUAGUCACCGCAACCCUGCUGUGGGGUAUUGCCAGGGCAUGAACCUCGUAACUUCGACUUUGUUGCUAGUACAUGCCGAUGAAGAAGAGGCGUUUUGGGUGCUCUCAGCAAUCAUCGAACGGAUACUUCCGGAUGACUUUUUUUCGCCUUCGCUUUUACCAUCUCGUGCAUGUCCCCUCGUUCUCCUUGAAUACGUGCAGGAGACCAUGCCUAGGCUUUACACACAUUUGACCGCCCUUGGCGUCGACCUUCCAGCCAUCUGCUUCUCUUGGUUUUUGUCGCUCUUCACAGAUUGCCUUCCAAUAGAGACGCUUUUCAGAGUGUGGGAUGUCUUUCUUGUUGAUGGACUUGAUGUUCUCUUCCGCGUCGCCUUAGGCAUCCUUCGCAGCAACGAACAGGAGCUGAUAGAAUGUGAAUCCAACUCCGCUGUUUAUGUAUCUUUAGAGAACCUGCCUACCAGGAUGUGGCAAUCCGAUAAACUACUUCAGCUGGAGCUUGACCUUAGAAACACGAUCUCGCACGCAGAUCUUCUCAGGAGACGAGAAAUACACGUUGUUGCACUCAAGCAUCUUAUGGCAUAGCUAUUGUUUCAAUUGUUGUUGCUCAGCAUAUCAUGUAUCGCUUGAAAUACAAUUCAGAUGGAUGUAGCUGCUGGAC